AUGGCGCAGAUAAAUGUUAGCUGGGAUGGAAUCCCAAAAACAUUACUUGAAGAACAAUGCGCUGCUGUUUUGAACUCAAGAAUAAGCCAUCAGCUGACCUGGCUCUUAGGACUAAACAUUUUCUUGUCCAUAACUGCAGUCCUGGGAAAUACUCUGAUCUUAGUCGCUCUUGGUCAGGAAAUUUCACUACAUGCACCGUCCAAACUUCUGUUACGCUGCCUAUCGACAACUGAUCUUUUGGUCGGGCUCUUGUCAGAGCCUAUGUAUGCUGCUUACGAAAUGAGUUUGUUAAAUGGAAGUUUGGAAACGUGCCGCCUUACUUUUGUUAUCAGUUUCAUAGCAGGUUAUAUCUUAAGUGGAGUAUCUUUGUUUACAUCGACAGCGAUAAGCUUGGAUAGGCUUCUUGCGCUAUUAAUGGGACUGAGGUACAAACUAGUUGUCACUUUGAAACGAGCACGUUUCACUGUCACUAUAAUUUGGAUCGUAGGAGUUGUAUGUUCUAUACUGUACUUAUGGAAUGACCAGAUACCUUUAACGUAUGCGUACGUUUGCACUUUGAUCUGUUUAGUAAUCUCGGUUUUUUCUUACACAACAAUUUUCGUCACCCUCCGACAUCGGCAAACACAAGUUCAAGACCUUAUUAACCAACACGCGAACCCACGAAGCCCAAUGAACAUAGCUUUCAAUAGAAGAGCAGUGUCCAGUGCACUAUGGCUACAGAUAACCUUAGUGUGUUGUUACCUGCCACACGGAAUUAUGUCGGCCUUGCUGCGUCAUAGUGAAGAAUCCACAGCUGCCUCUUUCAACAGACAUUAUACAGGGACUCUUGUCUUCGCAAAUUCGACUCUGAACCCGUUUAUCUAUUGCUUGACGAUUAAGGAAGUUCGAAAAGUUGUCAGGGAAAAAAUCAGCAACCUUCUGAAUAUUCAACCACAGAGAGUGCACAAUCCAUCAGCAACAGACCCGUAG